AUGGAUGAUAUUGCUAGCCGUCUAGACAUCAUGAAAGGAAAGCCAGUGGCACUAGGCGAUAAGGACAGUAACAGGGAUAGUGUAGGAGCAGAAAUCAGCAGGAAGAGAAAAGAGAAGGGAGGGGUUUCUAAAUUAUGUUAUACUAAUAGUCGUAGUGCUAGAAGUGAGAUGGACGACUUGAGAUUAGUUGCAAGUGCAGAUAAUUUAAUUCAUCGUGUUGACAGAAAAUUCAAAUAUACAGUUCGCACGAAGUCCACCAAUGUGUCAUCAUAUAUUCAUUACUAUUCCAGGCAUGAAUCUAGAGUUAACAGGAGUGUUUUCCUUACAAUGUUCAUGAGAAUCUUGCGUAUCUGCAGGUUGAAGUAUUUAGAAGAUGAAAUCAAUAAGAUAUUUAAUAUAGCCACAAAACUGAGAUAUCUCGGGGAUUUUGUUGAGAAGGCACUAUUUGGCUGCCACAUCAGACAUCUGUCCAGCCCCAGAACCAGUGAUUCUGCCUACAGUAGCAUCCUGGGCGCAUUCUACGACCCUCUCAACGCUUACGUGUACUACGUUGUGUGCAACGGCAAGGGCUGGUGGCAGUCUGGUGCCAAGGGUCAGAUGAGUCAGUGCCUCAACGGCACGUGGUCCACAAUUACUGACAAAUGUAUUGAACCGUCUGGAACGGCUGGAAAUGCAUCGACCACAGCACAACCAGUGACUACAGCAUCUUCAACAGCAGCUCGUGACUGUGCUGAGAUAGCAAUGAUGGGUCACAGCAUCUCAGGCAUCUACUCCAUCAUACCCUCAGGAAACUCAUCGGACUCAGAUAUGAAGGUUAUGUGCACACUUUCCUCUGAUCCAGGGGACAGUGGCUGGACCCAAGUGCUGUAUCUCAGUCUUCCUACCAUCAUCCCCAUCGUAAUUAACGCAGGAGAUGUGAUGGGAACGCCAGGGUCAGGAACUUUCUACUUUAUAGGUUUCAAUGCCCUGACGAGUUUAAACUGGAAUAUAACAACACUACAAAACACUUCCCGGCCUCUUGUCUUUCUGGUGGAACUCGUUAAAGCAGAUGGAACUACUUUGUACGCCACGUACAACGCGGUUGUCAUCGCCAGGGAUAACUACUACACCCUCCAGAAUGUGGGCGAUUAUCACGGCAACGCAGGGGACAUGCUUCGACAUAGCAAACUGCAUGGCAUAGCGGGCAGUAGUUCUUUGCUGUGGUCCUGCGACAGUCCCCAAACCUGUGAAAAAGUUUGUGGUUCAGUGGCUAACUGGGGUUCUCUCUCCUUCGUCCAAGUUACAAUCUCCGUCCGUCCCAGCACUUACGAUGCCCUAUAUGCGUGUCCGGCCGUGAUGAGUUUUGAUCCCACUUGGCCGUCGACCACAGUGAUACAGAUGACUGCCAGUCGCUCCGUCGGGGCUAUUGUUAGUUAUACCUGUACCGACGGCUUGAUAGAGGGUAAUGCCACAGUGGGGUAUAGCACCACAGGAAGCGCCAAAUGCCUACCCAAAACCUUAACCUGGAGUAUGAUACCAGUCCUACCCUGCAAUUUGGUGUGUCCUGUGGGCUACACGAUGAUAAACGACACUUGCGUCUAUGCCUCUUCGCAGGUUCCUGAGCUUGGUCUCGUCAGCGCCUCCCUAGAAUGUCACCAGUCAAACAGUUCGCUAAUCAACGUAACGAGUGUGGAUCAGCUGAGCGUAGCAACACCUGGUACCUUCUACUAUACCGCUCACAUCUAUACAAGCUCGGCAGGCUUUGUUUCGCAACCUCCUGCGUUCACCUGUGCUGUUGGAGAGACCUGUGCGGGAGGACUCGGUUUGGAAUGUCUAGCUAUGACCGUCAGUGGUAACCAGAUUGUGGCCAGAUCACAGAACUGCUACAGGAAUGACACCUUCGCCCUCUGUGCAGUACCAGACUACUGUCCAAAUAACUUCACGGCGUACCGUGGUCUGUGCUACAAGGUUGUGUCGCAGUACAACCCCAUCUACAGCUUCUCUAGCGCUCUCUCCUACUGUAACAGCCUCGGGGCAGCGCUGGCAUACCCGGAAACACUCGAUGUUAUCGACUUCUUGGUAGAAUUUGUGAGGCAGUCAGUCACUAGCCUGACAGGUGAAGUUUAUGUGUUGACGGGAUACAACACUAGGCUAGACCCGACGAUGGGAGGGAUAUAUAACCCAAGUCCUGAGGUGAUAGACAUUCCCUUAGAAGUCAGUGGUUACGCAGACAGGAUCCUCGCGAUCAAUCCUCUGAAUUAUACAGUCUACAGUGACAAUAUGACGUCUUCCCUCCCAGUGAAUUAUGCUGUGUGUCAAAUGUAUGGCCCCAAAGGUGGGUUGUGGAUGUCAGAUGUUUUAGCUUUGUGGUCACAAAGGAGGUUUGUGAAUGUCAGUUGUGUUUUAGCUCUGGUUCCAAAAUUGAGUUGUGAUUGUCAGCUGUGGGUAAAUUCUGUGGUCCGAAAGAUGUUAGCUGUAUCAGCUCUGUGGCUUCAAAGGCGAGUCAUGGAAAUCAUCCGUGGUAGCCUUAAAAGUAAGUCGUAG